CCAGCCAUUCCCACCAUCUUUCUCUUAGUACUCCUCUUCAAUGCCUCUCCGUUCUAUCUACUAUUUUUAAUGAGGAAGACCCCACCCCAAUUAAUACUUUAAAGAACAAACCAAACAGCCAUGGAAGUUGCAGACAUGUCGAAUCCUCAAUCUUCUCUUACCAAAGAUUUUCUUGCCAGUCCAGCUCUCUCUCUCAGUCUUGCUGGGAUUUUCCGGAAUGGCAGACCCAAAGCGGCUACAACCGUUGAAGUGGAGGAGGGAGAUGGAGAGCGAGGUGGUUUUGGUGGCCGGAGAGAAGAGACAGUGGAAAUAAGCAGUGAGAAUUCCGGCCCCUUGAAAUCGCUCUCGGACGAUGAUUAUGAAGCAGAAGGAGAGCAUGGCGAUGAAGAAGAUGAAGACACUCAUAAAAAGAAGAAGAGAAAGAGAUAUCGCAGACACACUGCUCUGCAAAUUAGAGUAAUGGAGGCGUAUGUUUUCUGCAACUCUUUUGUAAUUUGAGUAGCUUUGAAGUCAUGUUUAUUGUGUCUAGUAAGUUAACGCCUAUCCAAAAAUUCACUUGGCGUCCAACACGCCAUCUGCCCCCUCACUUGCAGAUCAGAUUCAUUGGUGUAUUCAUAAAAUGGUGACUCAGAGACUGGACCAUGUGAUUUUUGUCUGGUUCAUCUCAUCUAAAAAUUUAAACAGAUAAAGAGAAUAAUCAUUUAAGAAUGAUAUGAUUAUUGUGCUUGACUAA